UUGAGAUUGAAGCACCUGAGGCUUGGGCAAACAGCCAGGCCAAACUUAAAAAAAGCACCUUGAGAAGAAGAUCAAAACAUGGCUUCCAUGGCUUCCCUUUUUACCAAAACCCCAAAACCCACCAACUCUUUGUCAAAAGCAACCCAGACCCAAUUCCUUCCAUCCUUCCAUGUCUCCCUUCCAUCAAAGAAACCACGUUUUGGCAAUCAAAACCGGCUCCAAGUGAAGUCGGAGUUGAUUUCACCCGACGGCGGAAAGCUUGUGCAGUUGGUUGUGGAAGAAGAUUUGAGGAGAGAGAAAAAGAGAGAAUCCUUUGAGUUACCAAGGAUCAAGCUCUCUACAAUCGAUCUUCAAUGGGUUCACAUCCUUAGUGAAGGAUGGGCAAGCCCACUUUCUGGUUUCAUGAGAGAAAAUGAGUUCCUCCAAACGCUUCAUUUCAAUUCACUCCGACUUCAUGACGGAUCCUUCGUCAAUAUGUCGGUGCCGAUCGUCCUCGCCAUCGAUGAUGUUGCGAGGAAUCGGAUUGGCGACUCCAACCGGGUCGCUCUGUUUGACCCCAAUGGGGUUGAGCCCGUUGCAAUCAUCAAUGAUAUUCAGGUAUACAGGCACAACAAAGAAGAGCGUGUCGCAAGAACUUGGGGUACCACUGCUCCUGGUUUGCCUUACGUUGAGGAAACAAUAGCCAAUGCUGGAGACUGGUUGAUCGGAGGGGAUUUAGAGGUUCUAGAGCCUAUUAAGUACAAUGAUGGUCUUGAUAGAUUCCGCCUGUCUCCCGCUAAGCUCCGCGAGGAGUUUCUCAAGCGUGAUGCCGAUGCUGUCUUUGCUUUCCAACUUCGGAAUCCAGUGCACAAUGGCCAUGCGCUGCUAAUGACUGACACACGUCGUCGGCUUCUUGACAUGGGGUAUAAGAACCCCAUCCUGUUGCUUAAUCCACUUGGAGGCUUUACCAAGGCAGAUGAUGUUCCACUCCAUUGGCGCAUGAAGCAACAUGAAAAGGUGCUCGAAGAUGGUGUGUUAGACCCAGAGACGACUGUUGUUUCGAUAUUUCCUUCUCCUAUGCACUAUGCUGGUCCAACUGAGGUACAAUGGCAUGCAAAGGCUCGCAUUAAUGCUGGGGCCAAUUUCUACAUUGUCGGCCGCGACCCUGCUGGCAUGGGUCAUCCUGUUGAGAAAAGAGAUCUGUAUGAUGCUGACCACGGGAAAAGGGUCCUUGGCAUGGCUCCUGGACUUGAGCGUCUCAACAUCCUACCUUUUAAGGUUGCUGCUUAUGAUACGACUCAAGGCAAAAUGGCAUUCUUUGAUCCAUCAAGGCCUCAAGAUUUUGUGUUCAUAUCAGGCACCAAGAUGCGAACUCUUGCAAAGAACAAAGAAAAUCCUCCUGAUGGAUUCAUGUGCCCCGGGGGAUGGAAGGUGUUGGUGGAUUACUAUGACAGUCUUGUUUCCUCUGAGAAUGGCAAAAUUCCUCAACCUGCUGCUGUAGCUGUUUGAUAAGCUCCUCAUCUGCGAUUUUCGGAAACUCUUUCGUGUGGGAGAAACAUUUAUGCUUUUAAGUCUCCUGUUGAUAUUUGUCUCAGAAUCUUUGUAAAGUUUUCUGUUUCUCAUUUUCUCGGACGAUGCCCUCUACAGUGUAGGGGACCUGAGCAUUUGCUCCCCUACCCUAAAGCUUGUGGAAGCAUUUCAAGGACGAAUAUGCAUCGUCCUGGUUAAAAGCUUGCACGAGCUAUUGUAACAAGAUUGGAAUGUAGAGUGUAUGAAACGUGGUGAAGUGUCGGGCUGUA